AUGCCUCGAGCUGCUGCCCUGUUUGCAGCGCCAGCGCCAGCUGCGCGAGCGCAGGUGCUCCGGGCGCAGGUGCUUGCAGCUGGUCGACAUCCUGUCCUGGCUGCUGCUGCUGGCGCUGGCGCCAUUGGCCUGGCUAGGUCCCAUGCCUCCAGGAGCGAUACUGCAGGGUCUGGCGAGGCAGACCUUUCCCAGCUGCCAUUUCUCUAUGGCACUGCGUGGAAGGAAGGGGCUACCGCGGAGCUGGUGGUGAAAGCAGUGAGGGCAGGCUUUCGCGGCAUUGACACAGCCUGCCAGCCGAAGCAUUACCAGGAAGACUUGGUGGGUGCUGCCCUGGCACAACUUCAGACAGAGGAUGGUAUUGCGCGAGAGCAGCUGUGGCUCCAGACAAAGUUCACGCCCAUUCGUGGACAGGAUCCCGGGCGCGUACCUUAUGAUCCCAAGGCAAGCCUGGCCGAGCAAGUGGAGCAGUCCAUCCAGCGGUCACUGCAGAAUCUGGGCACCUCCUACAUCGAUUCUUUGAUAAUGCACUCGCCUAUGCCAAGCUUAGAGGAGAACUUGGAGGUUUGGUCCGUGUUCGAGAAGGCAGUUGAGUCCGGCGAAGUUCGGCAGCUGGGCAUCAGCAACUGCUACGACCUUGGCGUGUUUCGUUUGAUCUAUGAUGCUGUCAAGAUCAAGCCAAAGGUGCUGCAAAACCGCUUCUAUGCCGAUGCGGGCUACGACAGGGAACUGCGACAAUUUUGCCUGGAAAAGGGCAUCAGAUACCAGACCUUCUGGACAUUGACUGCCAACCCCCAUGUCUUGGCCUCACCACCUGUUCGGAAGGCCGCGGGACGCCUGAACGCCACACCAGCGCAGGUGCUUUUUGCUUGGCUAGUUCGUUCUGGGCACCAACCGCUUACUGGCACAAAGAGCUCAGUGCACAUGAAGGAGGAUUUGGCAGCUGCCAGUUUGGUUCUGACAGAUGCAGAAGCGUCUGAGAUCGCCAGCCUUUUCUCUGGGCGCUUCUUCUAA